AUGGCUGGAGCAACAAAAAGAUUUACAUACUGGGUGCGCGAGAAGUAUGCAUUUUUAAAAACUAUUUUCAUAUUUUUAAUCUUACUCUGUCCUUUGGUAUUGAGAAACAUAAUAAUACGAUUAACCAGAAAGUAUGUACCAAAAAAAGGCAAAAAAGAUAUUACAGUUGGAUUCUUCCAUCCCAAUUGUAAUGCCUGUACGCCUCAAGAAAACGUAUUAUGGUCUGCAGUCAAAGCAAUUCAAGCUGAACAUACUAAUGCUUUCAUAGUUGUUUACACAGGAGACGUGAAUGUUAAAUCAGCAGAAAUUCUCGAAAGGGUAGGUACUAAGUUUGACAUCAAGUUACAGCCUAAUAUUAAGUUUGUUCAUCUACGUCAAACUAAAUGGAUUAAGAAAUUUGCUUACUUGGGGUCAAUCUUGGUGGCUAGUGAAGCACUUUCACUUCUCAAGCCGCACAUCAUCAUUGAUACUAUGGGCUAUGGGUUUGUUAAUUACAUCUUUAAAACAGUUGGACGUUGUAAAGUUGUAAAUUAUAUUCACAAUCCAAUGGUAACGGUAGAAAAACUGAAAACUAGACACGUUCUUUUGAGCAACAAUCAGUACAUGUUAACAAGAAGGUCACCCAGUUCUCUUGGUAUCAGUAAAGGUAUUGCAUUCUUGUAUGGCUGGACAGGUGGAUUUGCAGACAUCGUAAUGGUGAAUUCCACCUACACAGAAGAUAAUGUUGAUGCUAUUUGGAAAUGUCCAGAAAAAACCCAUAUUGUGUAUCCCCCUAUUGGUUUGGAAAAGUUAAUGGCCAAAGUAGAUCUCAGCUGGGAGAAAAAAAUCGACUAUAGAAUUAUAAAUGCGAGUGAAUUCAAGGUUGAAAGCAAUCACAAAUUAAUACUCCAAGCUCUCAGCAAAGCGAAAAAUAAAAUCCACAGUGGCAUCAGGAACGAAAUUCGUUUGAUUUUAAUAAACUUAAGUACAGAACCGAAUGAAGAAUACCUCAAAAGUUUGAAAGACAUGAUAAAAGAACACGAUUUAGAGGACAACGUGAAAAUUCACCCACAAAACAUACAUGCAGCGCAUUUGGAAGAAGAACUGAUAAAAGCGUCAUAUGGCAUUUAUGCUAAGGCUGAUGAUCACUUUGGCUCGGAUGUUAUAGCUGGACUAGCUGCUGGACAGAUAAUGAUAGUCCAUAACUCUGGUGCUGCUAGAAACGAGUUGAUAAAUGUGGAUGAAGACUCAACCAAUGGAUACUUGGCAAAGACAGUUGAAGAGUACACUCAAGCAUUGUUCGAGGCUUUUGAACUAAUGUCUUCAAACAAACGUAGCAUGAGGAAAGCAGCUAGAAGAACUGCUGAGAAAUUUUCGCGGUUGCAUUACCAAAAAAGAUUUUUGAACCUGACUGAGGAACUUUUCGCGAAAAAUAAGAAGUAG